AUGGCGACGGGUUUGUCGGAGCACCAUAACAUGGUGUGGGAAGUGAAGACAAAUCAGAUGCCUAAUGCAGUACAGAAACUCCUGCUGGUGAUGGACAAGCAAGCUUCAGGAAUGAAUGACUCACUGGAGUUGCUGCAGUGUAAUGAAAACUUGCCAUCCUCACCUGGAUACAACUCCUGUGAUGAGCACAUGGAGCUUGAUGACCUUCCUGAACUUCAAGCUGUUCAGAGUGAUCCUACCCAAUCUGCCAUAUACCAGCUAAGUUCAGAUGUUUCACAUCAAGAGUAUCCAAGACCAUCUUGGAACCAAAAUACCUCAGACAUAUCAGAAAAUACUUAUGGUGAAAAUGAGGUGGACUGGCUAACAGAAUUAGCAAAUAUUGCCACCAGCCCACAGAGUCCACUUAUGCAGUGCUCGUUCUACAACAGAUCAUCUCCUGUACACAUCAUAGCUACUAGCAAAAGUUUACAUUCCUAUGCACGCCCUCCACCUGUAUCCUCUUCUAAGAGCGAGUCAGCCUUCCCUCAUCAUCACUGGAAGGAGGAAACACCAGUCAGACACGAAAGGGCAAAUAGUGAGUCAGAAUCUGGCAUUUUCUGCAUGUCCUCCCUCUCCGAUGAUGAUGAUUUGGGCUGGUGCAAUUCCUGGCCUUCAACUGCUUGGCACUGUUUUCUGAAAGGCACACGACUGUGCUUUCAUAAGGGAAGCAAAAAGGAAUGGCAGGAUGUUGAAGAUUUUGCUAGAACCGAAGGCUGUGAUAAUGAAGAAGAUCUCCAAGUGGGCACUCACAAGGGCUAUGGUUCUGAUGGUCUAAAGUUGUUAUCACAUGAAGAAAGUGUAUCAUUUGGUGAGUCUGUACUGAAGUUGACUUUUGAUCCCGGUACAGAGGAAGAUGGUUUACUUACUGUAGAGUGUAAGCUGGACCACCCUUUCUAUGUUAAGAAUAAAGGUUGGUCAUCAUUUUAUCCAAGCUUGACUGUGGUACAGCAUGGCAUCCCAUGUUGUGAGAUUCAUAUUGGUGAUGUAUGUCUACCUCCUGGACACCCCAAUGCCAUUAAUUUUGAUGAUUCAGGUGUUUUUGAUACAUUUAAAAGCUAUGACUUCACACCUAUGGAUUCUUCUGCAGUCUAUGUGUGAAGUAGUAUGGCUCAUCAGCGUCGUGCAUCUUUGUCUUGUGGAGGGCCUGGAGGUCAAGACUUUGCAAGAUCUGGAGUCAGUAAAAACUGUGGCUCACCAGGAUCAUCACAGCUCUCUUCCAAUUCCUUGUAUGCUAAAGCUGUCAAAACCCACAGCUCAGGGACUGUGAGCGCCACUUCUCCUAACAAGUGCAAAAGACCAAUGAAUGCCUUCAUGCUUUUUGCCAAAAAAUAUAGAGUUGAAUAUACUCAGAUGUACCCAGGGAAAGAUAACAGAGCCAUAAGCGUGAUCCUCGGCGACAGGUGGAAGAAAAUGAAGAAUGAAGAGAGAAGGAUGUAUACGUUAGAAGCAAAGGCUUUGGCUGAAGAACAAAAACGCCUAAAUCCUGACUGUUGGAAAAGGAAAAGAACCAAUUCAGGCUCACAGCAACAUUAAGCCAGGAUGCAUAUGUUCUUAAGUCUGUAGUUGCAUAAACACUGACUGUUGACGGAGGGACUUAAGAUCGAGGUGUCACCAUUUGUCCUGAAUUCGUGUGACCAUAAGAUACUGAU